CCCUAGUUCCCUUCUUAUAAACCCUAGGCCACCCUCUUCAUUUUCCCAAGAAACAAACACACAAAAAAUAACCUCUUAAUUCUUCUCUUCAUCACCCUUUCUCUGAGCACUCCUUCAGCUACCACCUCUUGUCACUGGCAAAGCCAUGGGGCUCCUAAAAGCAAUAUUCAUCGUAGCAAUAACCAUGGCUUUGUCCAUCGCACUCACAAUGAAAAGCAUCACCAAAGAAGAACCAAAACCAGCAGCUUUUGUGCACCAUGAACCGUUGUUGCCGCCAACCAAUCACCAAAAGAACGUGCUUCUUCCUUCUAAGAGGGUGAACCGUUUACUGGCUCAAGUUAAGAAUCCAAACGCUGCCGAUCAUUGCCACAAGGACAACGAGGUUUGCAACUACGUUGGUGCCAAGAACUCAACAUGCUGCAACAACAAGUGCAUUGACUUGGGGUAUGAUGACCAUAACUGUGGUGCGUGCAAGAAGAAAUGCAAGUUCACGCACACAUGUUGUAGAGGGGAAUGCGUUGACAUCUACUUUGACAAGAGGCAUUGUGGGGAGUGUAACCAUCGGUGUGAAGAUGGUGAAUAUUGUGUCUAUGGAAUUUGCGGUUAUGCUUAAGGUUCAGUCCCCAAUGCAGGGUCCUAUAUAUGUUACUAUACGAGGUUUGAGAUUUUAUUAAAAUUUAAUGUUCAAUAAAGUAGACCACAUUUGUGGUGGCCAUGGUUCUCUAAUACAAUAGCAUAUAGUCCUUAUACUGCUUAAAGUUAUUGCAGUUUUCUAAGUGUUUCCUAAAGCGUAAUGCUAUAUAUAUCCUCCCCAACUCUAAGAAAUAAGUAUACAUUAUC